AUGAAGUGGUUUGCUCUUAUUCUGCUACUCAUUCAGGCAGGAUGGAUUUCAUCUUGCAUUUUCGACAAAGUAGAGGAGUCGAAAAGUGUUCUUCUCAAAGAUAUUGUGGCCAACAACAUCAACGACUGCUUUGCUGCGUGCUACGAGGACGCGAGAUGCAUUGGAAUCCAGCAUUGGAAGGCAUUGAAUUUGAUUAAAAGUUCCUACAGAAAGCAUAAUCUACAGCCUUUCUUAUACAAAUGUGACUGGCACUAA